UUGUUGUUUGGGGCGGGACCAUUUGGAUUGAAUUGUCAAACUACUGGCGUUCCCCAAAAAGUCUGAGAUGGAAGGAAGAGUAUCAAAUGUAGAAAUCUGUAAUUUGGCUUAUACUGGGAAGUUUGAAGAACUGAAAAAAUGCGUGUUGUCUGACAGCUCACAAGCGACGAAAACAGAUCAGGACAGCAGGACUGCUCUGCACUGGGCUUGUUCAGCUGGACAUGUGAAUAUCGUGCAGUUUCUGUUGGAUCUUGGAGUUGAAGUGGAUCUCAAAGAUGAUGCAUGUUGGACUCCUCUUCAUAUAGCAGCAUCUGCUGGGAGAGAAGAAAUUGUCAGAUCCUUAAUAUCCAAAGGAGCUCAGUUGAACACUGUGAACCAGAAUGGCUGUACCCCACUACACUACGCAGCAUCGAAAAACCGAUAUGAGAUAGCCCAGAUGUUACUGGAAAACGGUGCAGAUCCUAAUGCAACGGAUAAACUGGAAUCCACACCUCUACACAGAGCAUCUGCCAAAGGCAACUAUCGACUCAUUCAGCUUCUUUUGAAAGGGAGUGCUUCUACCAACAUUCAGGACUCAGAGGGAAACACAGCUCUUCAUCUUGCAUGUGACGAGGACCGAACAGAGGCUGCAAAACUCCUUGUGGAACAUGGUGCCAGCAUCUACAUUGAGAACAAGGAAAAGAUGACGCCUCUACAAAUGGCUAAAGGUGGCCUGGGAUCUGUGUUGAAACGGAUCGUAGAGGGUUGAUGGUCCCCGGGCAGAAAUGGAGCAGUGCACUUGGGGCUGUUAAUUAAGCUGCUGUUCAAUAUACUUGUUUAUGAGAGUAUUUGAAAGAAACACAGUAGAGGAAAUGCUUUGUAGUGGAAGUUAUUACAGAAGUUUGCUGAAGAGAAGAAUGAUGUUGUGGUCAACAUUCACUUUUCGGCAGUUUAAAAGCUCAUGAUAUGUUGGUCACUUUUCAUGCAUUUUAUUGAGUAUAUGAGUUUUAGAUUUACGGAUAAUAUUAUUAUUAAUUAUUAUUACUUCAGCAAUGGAUGCUUUAUUUCUGUUAAACCUAAAGCUGAUUUUGUUAUUGGUUAGUCACUUAAAAUGUAAUUUCUAGUUUUGUAUCUGUCUAUCUCACCUUAGUGUAUUCUUCCACCUUGAUGCUCAUUUUUUAUAAUGAAAAUAAAUUGUAAUUG